AUGAGGAACUUGAUGAAGGCAUCUGCCCUGGUGGCAUUGGCGGCGCAUCUAGCUGCGGGGAUUUCCCUCAAUGUCAGCGACAAAGCUUCUAUCAAAAAUGCUGCCAGCACGAUCGCACACGGAUUGAUGACUUAUUACACUGGCAACAUCACAAAUACAGAGACCACUAUUGGUGUUCUACCUAGCCCAUACUACUGGUGGGAAGCUGGAGCUAUGUGGGGAGCAAUGUUGGAUUACUACCACUACACCUCCGAUUCUUCGUACAACAAUGUAACGACUCAAGCCCUGCUCUCGCAAGUUGGUCCUCUUUACGACUACAUGGUUCCAUGGCAUCAAAAGGACGAAGGAAACGAUGAUCAGGCAUUUUGGGGAUUUGCUACCAUGUCUGCAGCCGAAAAGGACCUUCCACAACCUACAGUUGGGAAUUACUCGUGGGUGCAGUUGACGGAGAACUUGUGGAAUACGCAAGUUCGACGCUGGGAUACAUCUGCUUGCAAUGGGGGUUUGAAAUGGCAGAUAUUCCCUUUCAACAACGGUUACAAUUACAAGAACUCGGUAUCGAACGGGGCCUUCUUCCAAUUAUCAGCUCGUUUGGCCAGGUUUACGGGAAAUCAGACCUACAUCGAGUGGGCUAACAGGACCUAUGACUGGAUGAAAAACGUGGGGCUCAUUGACCCGGGAUACCAUAUCUUCGACGGCGCCGAUGAACUGAGGAAUUGUUCCGACCAGGAUCAGAUUAUAUGGACGUACAACGCAGGAAUCGCACUCUAUGGGGCCGCCGUUCUAUACAAUUACACGAAUGGCUCAGCUUUAUGGGCAGAGCGCACAGAGGGUUUCUUGAGCGCAACAGCAAAUUUCUUCACGCCCUACGACAACGCUUCAAACAUCAUGUAUGAGCCAGCCUGCGAAACAGUCAACACAUGCGACAACGAUCAAUUCUCCUUCAAAGGCUACCUCUCUCGCUUCAUGUGGGACACCACUGUCCUGGCUCCAUUCACCAGAAAUGUUGUUACCGCCCUCCUCACUCCAUCUGCUCGGGCUGCAGCGAUUGCAUGCUCAGGAGGCGCACAGAAUACCACGUGUGGCCAGAAAUGGUAUGUCGGUGGGUACGAUGGCAAGUUUGGUGUGGGACAGCAAAUGAGCGCGUUGGAGACUAUCCAGGGGCUGCUCAUCGGUGGCAGUGUGCCUCCAUUGCAUAGUAGCCAGGUUCAUUUGAUGAAUGUUGUGACCACGAGUUCGGCACCUGUAUCGACGCAGACAAAGACACUUGCGAAGACGCCUGCGAAUAGUGCUGGGUCUUCGAUGACAGUCGGUAGCUUCACCUGGUCAUUGUGUCUGGCAGCCCUUGUGGUUUUUAUGAAUGUGGGAUUGAGCCCCUCCAGGCUUUAG